AUGAUGAAGAAAAAAAGGUUAAAUUCCCAAAAAUAGCAUAAAAUUAGAAAGACAAAACAUUGACCAAAAGAAGGAAAUUUAAUUUACCCAAUACAGAAAACUAAGAAGAGUACUGAAUGGAACAAAAGAGUAAAGGUAUGAGUUUUGAGCAACGGAGGAGAGGGGAGAGCCCAUCAAAAUGGAGAGAAAAACAAGUGAUUUGAAGAAUUCUUUAGUGAUUCAUGAGGAGGAGGAGAACCCAUCUUCGUUCUUCAAGAUCAUGAUUGUGGACUUCAAGGAUCAUUUGUUUAUUCCGCCGAUUUUUGCUUGCACCAUUGGAGACUUAGUUAAGCAGACUGUAUUUCUUCGAGAUUCAAGUGGUCAGUCUUGGAGAGUUAAAUUCUCGAUGAUAAAUGGUCGCUUGGCAUUUCGGGAAGGGUGGCCUGAUUUUGUGUUGGAUCAUUCUGUAACACUCGGGGAGCUUUUGGUGUUCAGGUAUAGAGGCCACUCGACGUUUGAAGUUGAGAUCUUUGGUACAAAUGCGUGCAUUAGGAAAAACGUUGAUGUGGAAAACAAAGAAAAUAGUACCAAAAGUAACAGGAAAAUGACAGAGGUUCAUCAUGAGAUUCAAGUUUACAACAGCCGGAAGACUUCUGAUGUUUCAAAGUACAGACGCAAGGUUGCAAAAUGCGAUGCAUUGCAUAAAGUACAAAAAGAAAAGAGUUCUCAUCGUAUGAUUGGAGAAGAAAUCAAUCAGGUGAGCCACAACAUUCAUGAAAAUAAGAAAUUGGUGCCGGAAAAACUUGAUGCGGAUAGCAAAGAAAGUAGCACCAAAAGUAAAAGAGAGAUGACUGAGUUUCAUCGUGAAAUUCAUGUUCAUAAAAAGCGGAAGAUUUCUGAUGUCUCAGAGCGUAGAUGCAAAGCUAAAAGUCAUGAUUCAGUGGAUAAAGUAAGGAAAGGAAAAAGUUCUUGUCGUGUGACUGGAAAAGAAGUCAACCGGGUUGGCCAUAGUAUUCAUGAAAAGAGGAAGUCAGUGCCAACAAAACUUGAGAGGGCUCCUUUGAAGUCGAACUAUACCAGGGCACUGAAUGAUGCGAUUGAUGAAGAUGAUGCGAUUGAUGAAGAUGAUGAACACGGAGCCAUUGCAUGUCCUUCUGUUCCUCUUUGUGCAAGUGAAUGUGAUAGGGUGAAUAAAGAUUUUCUAAGAUCUCAUUCUUUAGAACAAAAAUGUGCCCAAAAUAGCACAGAGAACCUGAUUAAUUUUGAGGAAGUUGUCGGCAGAUUUCUUCUCAAAGAGGAUGGUGUGUGCCACAUUUAUGAUGAGGAGAUAAUGAAUGAAACUGGUGCUAGUGUUUUGGGUCCAAAUAAUAUGUUACCUAGUGAAAAAGAAAAUAGAGUUUGUGAAAAAGAGAAAGCAGCAAUGUCUAAACCCGUAAUAGAUCUUACAAAAGCCAAAGAUGGAAACUGCAGGUCAAACUCUAAGAAGAUCAGGAAGAAGCCUCAAAGAAAAGGAAUCCUUCCUGUUGUUAUUUCUAGAGUAGGAAAUGAUGUUCCGGCUAAGUAUGUUGGAAGUGCUUCUCUGAACGCGAGUUUUGAGAAACAUCACAAACAUCCUCAUGUGGCAACAGGAUAUUCUUGCCAGUCUGGUCAAGUACUGAAAAGGGUAAAAGAGGAGAUUAAUCGUUGCUUUAAAGGAAAAAGUAUUCAAGUAAAGACUGAACCAAUGGAUGGAUUGACCCUUGCACCUCCAGCUUUUGCCAAUGCCAGAUUUUCCUUGUCUGUUUCUGCUCAGACCUCUUGGAUUAAAUUGCCUGUAAAAUUGCCAUCUCAGUUUGGAAGAGCGAAACACUCAAGAAAGAUAAUUCUGCUUCGUGAUCCAUCGAUGAGACUCUGGCCGGUUCUCUACCAUGAAGAUACCAAGUUUGUGGGCUUCAUCGGUGGUUGGGAGCAUUUUUCCAGAGCAAACAAACUUCAAGAAGGGGAUCACUGUGAGUUUGAAAUAGCUGAGGGCUCAGAAUCUACACUCCAGUUGUAUUCCGUAAAAGCACGAGACCUUGUUCCACUCUCUUCAUCAAAAUGCACAGAAAAAUGACAUGCCAAAAUUGCUUAUAGGAUCUAACUGCCAAUAUACUUCAAGUUAAAAUUGAUAGGGUCGUAUGCAUUCUGUUUAUCUUAGAAAUUUAUGUUGGACACAAGGAGUAUGAAUACAGCUUGAUGUUAAUAUUGAUAGGGUCAUAUUCAUUCAGUUUAUCGUAGAAAUUUAUGUUAGACGCAAAGAGUCUGAAUACAGCUUGAAGUAAAAGUUUCAAAUUAAAAAAGUAUUGAGUUGUGA